AUGUGGCUUAUGUGUCUGAUCAAAAUAACACAUUUUUUUAAUACGCUCAAUGAGCUGCUCACAGAGAAUCUACAGGCUGAGAAUUAUCUGCAGAAAGUAUUUGGCAACAGAGUCUCAAGGUCUCAUAGCAAUGAAGUCCCUUCCAUUUUUGUUCCUGCUGCUAGGUGUACUGGUUCUCCCAGGCUUGGAAGUUUUGUAUUUCUUAUAGGUGACAAGAACCCAGAUGUCAAACGUCGUUAUGUCCGGUUCUUGUCCAACAUGCGUAAGGACAGUCGGUCGUCACAUAAGAACAUUCAAGUCCCAGCUCAAGCUGACUCCUCCUUUGUAGAAUCAAAAUUGUUCUGCCAAGGUCCCUGCCGGGAUGGAUGGUUCAGUAACAUGGGCCAGUGUUACAAGUUUGUCCAGGAGCAAAAUACAUGGGCCGGUGCUGAGAGUGUUUGCCAGAGGAUAGCAGGGGGCGGUCACCUCACCAGCAUCUCCAAUGCAGCUCAGAAUGAUUUCCUUGUGAACCUCGCCAGCUAUGCAGACAAAAGGACAACCCAGUUCUGGACAGGAGGAAGUCACCAAAAGGGUUCUUCUCUGACCUGGACUGACGGAUCACGGACAAAUUUCAUCCAGAGGCCUCUGAGCUCGAUUUUCAAUGCCAUUGGUGGAUUACUUAACAGUAUCUUCAAAGUACGAAUCUGCCUGACUCUAAAUUUAAGAGUCCAGGGUAUAUGGGAUGGCUGUGACUGCAACAAGAAGUUAUCAUUCAUCUGCAGUUACAAACCCAAUUUGACUCCUCCUUAG